AUGUCUGGCUUCGCCCAAGCUAGUGACCUCCAAGCAUGGCAGCAGCUCCAGCAGCAUCACACUACACUGGGCCGCAACAUUGUCUUGAAAGAAUUCUUCGAAAAAGACCCUAGCCGCUUUGAAAAGUUUUCCCGUACCUUCAAGAACACAGCCGACAAAUCCGAGAUCCUCUUCGACUUCUCCAAGAACUUCAUCACCGAAGACACCCUCUCGCUGCUCAUCCAAUUGGCCAAGGAAGCUGGCGUGGAAAAGCUGCGAGAUGAAAUGUUUGCCGGAGAGAAGAUCAACUUCACGGAGAAGAGAGCCGUGUAUCAUGUUGCUCUGCGUAACGUGACCAAUCAACCUAUGCAGGUUGAUGGGAAGAGCGUCGUCGAGGAUGUCAAUGAGGUCUUGGAGCACAUGAAGGUAUUCUCCGAGCAGGUCAGAAGUGGAGAGUGGAAAGGGUAUACUGGAAAGAAGAUCAAGACAAUCAUCAACGUUGGCAUUGGUGGAUCUGAUCUUGGACCAGUCAUGGUGACAGAAGCUCUGAAGCCCUACGGUGACCGGAAUCUCAACUUGCAUUUCGUCUCCAAUAUUGACGGCAGUCACAUGGCAGAGGCAUUGCGUGCCUCCGACCCAGAAACAACUAUGUUCUUGGUUGCUUCCAAGACAUUCACCACCGCUGAAACGGUCACCAACGCUACCACUGCUAAGCACUGGUUUCUUGAAACAGCGAAAGAUGAAUCUCACGUUGCAAAGCACUUCGUUGCCUUGUCCACCAAUGUCGAGGAGGUGACCAAAUUUGGUAUCGACAAGGAGAAUAUGUUCGGCUUUGAGAGCUGGGUUGGGGGCCGCUACAGCGUAUGGAGCGCCAUUGGUCUGAGCGUAGCUCUGUACAUUGGCUUCGACAACUUCCAUGAAUUUCUCUCAGGCGCCCAUGCAAUGGACAAGCAUUUCAAGGAGACCCCGCUCGAGGAAAACAUCCCUGUGCUCGGUGGCCUUCUCAGCGUUUGGUACUCUGAUUUCUUCGGAGCGCAAACACAUCUAGUCUCGCCUUUCGAUCAAUACAUGAGCCGCUUCCCAGCCUACCUUCAGCAAUUGUCAAUGGAGUCGAACGGUAAGGCCAUCACAAGGUCCGGCGAUUACGUCAAGUACACCACUGGAGCCAUCUUGUUUGGCGAGCCCGCAACAAAUGCCCAGCACUCAUUCUAUCAGCUUUUGCACCAAGGGACGAAGCUUAUCCCUACGGAUUUCAUCCUUGCCGCCGAGAGCCAUAAUCCCAUUGAGCACAAUAAGCACCAGAAGAUGCUGGCAUCGAACUUUUUCGCGCAAGCUGAAGCGUUGAUGGUUGGUAAGACACCAGACGAAGUCAAAGGCGAAGGAGCCCCGGAGGAGCUGGUUCCCCACAAGACAUUCCUCGGCAACCGACCUACAACAUCCAUCCUCGCCCAAAAAAUCACACCAGGGACGCUUGGAGCGCUGAUAGCAUACUAUGAGCAUUUCACCUUUACCGAAGGAGCUGUGUGGAACAUCAACAGCUUCGACCAAUGGGGUGUAGAGCUGGGCAAAUCGUUGGCAAAGAAGAUCCAGGCGGAGCUUGAUCAGAGUGGGGAGAACACGAGCCACGAUGCCAGUACGAGUGGGCUGAUCAAUGCGUUUAAGAAGAAGGCCGGUAUCUAA